CGUUAGGAUGGUGUCGUGCUGUUAAUUUAAUGUAACGAAGCCGUCUAAACUAUAUUAGCUGGUGUUUUGGCUUGCUUUUGCUCAUCGUCACGCUUUGACUUUUUUCUGAAGCAGUUAAUUAAGAAAGCUUAUUUAUAAUUAAUUUGUAGUUAAAAUUAACGUGAAUCGCCGUUUAAUCGAAUUACUUUUACAGACUUGACACAAACAUGCGCGCCUCAAGUCUUUUUUUAAUUCUCGUAAACUUUCUAACACGCGCGCGUUGUCUGGGUUUGCCGACGUCACGCCGUUCCCCUUGUCACGUGACAUUACACCCCAACGUAUGGCUUGCAGAAAUCCCUGUUUUUCGUUCCUCUCAGUUCGGCUUGGUCGUACGCGGAUAGUAAAACGUUUCUGAGCAACUAGGAGAGGUGGAUUAUCGGGGGAUGUGCUCACGUGUGUUAAAGUGAGGUAAUUAAUGUGGUUGAGGUCGCAGGAUGCCCCGCCGGAAGCGCGCGUCGGGUGACGGCGGAAGAAGACCUAAAGUCUGUCGAGUGGAGCACAGUGAGGAAACAUUGGUCAUAUCUGACUCUGACCAUGAAGAGGAGGAAGAAUGUUCUGUCAGUCGGUCUUCUAGGUCAGUCCGAUGCAGACGGAGGGAAUGCAAGUCUCAUCUACAAGAGAUGACCGAAGAAGAGAUGCUGGAUCUGGCUAUGAAACUGAGCGCUCAAGAAGCAAGCAGUGCUGCCCAGAGACGACGACAGCUGGAAGACAAAGACAUCCAAAAAGCUAUAGCGGAAAGUCUUAAUGUCUCUGAUAGGGACGGCAGUGUUGAAGCUUCCAGCUCAUCAGCUCAACCUCAGCAGAGCAUGUCCAAUAUAAUAUCACGUUUAAGACGAAAGCUGUCCUACCCUAAACAAACAGAGGUACACAGUGGAAGAGAGAGUCCUGUUGCUCAGGCUGAUGAGACGGAGAGGGAAAGCACUAGUCCGCUGCCCGAAAUGCCUGAUCUGUCACAGAUAACCCCAUCUCCUUCAUCCAGUCGUUCAGCUCAGGUGUGUGGAACUCCUGUACCUUCUCAAGAUAUGACGCCAGAUAUACAGCCAAAUAUCAGAGACUCCAAAGAGGAUGAGUUCUCGCAGCCUAUCUCAUCGUCCCAGCCCUCACCCGCGUUUCCGAAGGACGGGAGCUUCAUUCGCCAGCCAUUGGUGUGUGUGGAGAAACUGAGUCAGGAUCUCAUCGAUGCCAGAACAGGCUCGAGAAAGCAACCUUGCACACAGGAGAGCAUCGUCGGUGCCGAAGCAUCUCAGUCGCAGGAGGACUCGUCCCUUCCCAAGAGCCACGUCUUCACUCAGAAUGAUUUGAGAGAAAGGACUGAUAUGCUAGAGGACAAACAUGAUGCUUCAGAAGAGAAUGAAUCCGAUACUCAGAUACCUGAUGAGGAUUUACCAACGUAUCAAGGUGAUAAAGGUUUGUCUCCGAAAAACACAGAUCCGGAGGAAUGCUCCUCACCUUCCGGGAGAUCCCAGCUGUCGGGAACGAGAUGUGAAGCUGAAAAUGCCAAUGAGGAUGUCACUGUGAAAAGUAAAACUCCCGAUCUAAAGCAGGUGGAAGAUCAGAUCGCUCAGGAUGAGAAUUCAGCCGCUGAUGCUGAAAGUGCUCAAAACACUCGUUCAUGGGAUGGAUUUUCUAGUUUCAUGGUUGUGCUUUUAACCGAUGAUGAUGAAGAAGAAGAUGGCAGUGAAGAGGUUCUCCCUCCGAGCCCAGACUUAGACGACAAGACAGCUUUAAAAAUAGUUCCUCAAACCCAACCCCGCGUCUCUUCAUCUACCCUUGAGCCUUUCGAACAAGAAACGCAGAUAUCCCAGCAUGCCUUGCAGGAAGACUCAGAAACAUCCAAUGACCUCAAAUCCAAAUCUUCAAACUCAAAACCGCUGCAUACUGGAGUGGAGAAAGGAGAUCAUUGCACUGUGUCAUACUACUGGGGAGUGCCUUUCUGCCCCACGGGCCAAAACCCGGACGACUACACGCGCGUGAUCAUGUGUCAGUUGGAGGUGUAUGAGAAGAGUCUGAAAGAAGCCCGGCGAGACCUGCUGCGUAAGGCCGUGUGGAGUCAGCCUGUUCUUCCUGCCCCCGAGAGGCCGUUUGGCCCGAGGAGACUGAAGCGCUACAGACCUCCUCAGCUGUCAGAGGAUGAGGAGCAGAACGAAGAGGAGAGCGGGAAGGAGAAUAAGCGAUCGGAGGUGCAGGCGGAGAGAGAGGAAGACAAGGCAGGCUCAGAGGGGGCUGCUGAGGGUGGACCGAGUGAAACGUAUGUAGUUCUGUCUUCUCCCGAGGCUAAAGAUGAAGACGUGCAAAAAAGCCCUUUUCCAAACCAGGACAAGACUACAGCAGCAACUGCACAUUUGAGAAAUGAUCAACGGGAUGCACCAGAUAACACUCAAAUAGAGCGUGCGGAUGAAGAGGAGGAGACCCAGAAUCAUGACCAGUUUGAUGAUGAUGAGACCGUAUGUCCAGAGACGCAGUUGACUGACAACAACACACCAGAGCUCAUGAUGACCAGUCCUGCCAGUCCAGAACAGGAUCAGACUCGUGCUGACAGCGAGGUGAUGGAGGUGGAUGAGGAGGAAGGUGCUCCUGCUGCAGAGGAGGAGGUGAUGGAGCAGGAGAGUGUGUCAGCGGACACGGCACCUUCUCAAACUGAGAAGAUGGAGUGUCCCAUGUGCUCCAAACUCUUUUGCCUCAGCAGAAUCGAGAUGCACGCUGCUUUCUGUGAUGGGGAGACAGAAGACCACAACCAGGAGGAACAAUCACAAGUUGUCAGAAGGUCAAGAUCCAGAAGAGACUCAACAGAGGAGACUCAGUACAGACCUGAGAACAGAUCACCACAGAUGGAGAAGUGUUUCGUGUGUCAAGGGAUGUUUACAUCCCAGCAGUACCAGGCACAUGUCGAGUUGUGUUUGAAAAAGACAGAUUCCAAUAUUCAUCAGGGUGAUGGUCUUCUUUCUGCUCUCGAGCGAACUGAACAGAGACCUGCUGGCAGUGAUGAAGCUGGACCAUCAGAUGUUUCUUCAAGGAGCAAGCGUGGCCCUGCAGACUUAUUUGGAGAAGGUGGGCCUGAGUCAGAAGACACAGACCACCUUACUGAUUUCCAACAACAAGACUCAUCCAAGAACAGCCAAAGACUCGCAAGAAAAAGAAAAUUCAAACGAUAGUAUCACGUUUUGUUUAACCAACACUGUUAUGUGUUACUUUGUAGUGCUUCUGUAUUUGUAUGAAUUUUUAAAUGAAUUUGUACAAUGCCUAAAUUUAUGUAUUUAAUGUCUUGGUAAUGUUUUUUAAUGGUUGCUGCAGUCUUUGUUGAGCAGAUGUUGAUCUUUACUCUUUGAAUGGUGUUUUCGUGUGACUGAAAUAUUUGAAAUCUUUUUUGUUCAAUGUAUGCAUUAAAUUCUGAAAUAGGGGUUAGUAUAUAUUGGGACCGUGUAUCUUUUGGUCAUUUGUUUUUCAGUUUGAAAUUGAACAAACGGGAGUGAGAAAACGGCGCCAUCUUCGUUUUUCGUUCAUCCAGAAAACGGAAUAGCGAGAAUUCGGCUUGAUUUUUCGUUUUUAACUUAAGGGGCAAAAAACGAAUUCACAGCUUGAUAAAUCGAUUUCCACGCAUGGGCGGUAUGAAACGCCCCCUUCCAUUGAUUGGCCAAUCAAAGAUCAGCAAGCGAGGGCGCGACGUCUUCGGUUCGGUUGUCCCUCGGUUCCGUGAAUAAAUAGUCCUCCGCUGCUGUACGGCGGGGAUCCUUAAAGUAUGUUUCAUUUCUCAUUAAACAACCGUCCACAAACCGUACAGGGCAGAUUAUAUACUGGACUUUACUUGUGCAACCUAACGCAUUUCAUAUACAUCUUUAUAUCACAACUAUUAAUGUAGUUCGCAUCCGCAUCUUUCUAGCUCUCCAGGGUUAAAUCUGCGCGAGACACUGUACAGCACGAAGCGGAUUCAUAUACUUAUUUUAUUUCAUUCAAAAUUCAUUGUGUUCCGUUGUAAUUUGUAUUGAGGCUUCGUAUGUUUGCACUAAACAAUUAGCAUUUUUUUUGUUUGAUCAUUUAUAUUUAUCUUAAGAUGGCUAGAUGUAUCCUUUUUUCAUAAAGGAAAAAACUUUCGUUCUAAUUGCACAUUAAAGCGUGUUGUUCUGCAUUUAUUAAAAAAAGCGUACUUCUAAAUAAUAAUAAUAACCCAGUGAUAGCUUAAUUAAUUUGUAUUUUUGUCAGCAUUUCUCUCAUUGUCAUCGUUCGCAUGUGCCAGUCGUAAAUAUCACAGUAAAAACGUUUUAUAAAAUACUAGACUCUUGAGCAUACACUGAAUGAUUUUUUUUCUGUGGAAUCUACACAGUGACUGAGCCUUGAUCAACAUAUCUGACAAAUAGGUCACUUUCACUUUGACUACAUCACUGCACUGUAUGCAUCCGCUGCGUACUGUCCAGUGUCUCGCGCAGCUUUGUCACGCAGCAAAACUCUGAAUAUAGGGGUGGGCGGAUCGAUCCUUGAAGUAUCGAUACUUCCGAUACUGAGGUUGUAUCGAAAAGGAUCGAUCCUAACAUUAAAAUAUCGAUACUAAUGUGUUUUUAGUUUUUACUACUGAUUUUAUUCAUUUACUAAUGUAGCUAAUAAUCGUAUAAUGAAGAAAAACUAUUUCCCAUACACCUAGUUUUGCACACGUUGCUCCUCCCUGCCCUGCUGUGUUUUGAAGUCCGCUAUCACGUGACUCAGCAGCACCAAGCGCAAGAACACAGUCGCUGCUGCAGCCAGCGAAAAGAAGAGGAGCAUCUGUGGAGUUUUAUCACCUCGGUGAAUAAAAACACUGCGAACUGCGUUGUAUGGCAGUGGGCCUUUGGGGGUAAAAAGCCAAAGAUUGAAAGUACUUUAUUAUUUAAGCGCUUUAUUUCCUUUGUUUCUCAAUUGUGUGCAUUUGUUUAUAAAUUCACUUAAAAAAGUGUAAUGAAAGGGAACAAUGUUAAUUUGUUCUAUUAUUUUCUAAACAUAACACUGAACAAAAAUGGAAAAGCAGUUUUAAAAUAUUUGUUCUUCAGUAAUAAUUUUGUCCACUUUGGUUUUUUUUAAGCUAUAGAAGUAGUACUGGGAUAACGAGAAAUUGUUUUGUAAUAUAUCGUUUUUCAGUUCUGUUAAUGUUACUAUUUUCCAGUAAUAAUUUGGUGCAAAGUUCAUGUUUGGAAAUUCGAUUACAGGAAUAAUUAAAUAGAUUUAUUUGGUUUAAAUUAUGUCCCGUGUUUUAACAUCUACAUGAUUAAUUAGCCUACAGGCACAUUAAGAUCACAAAUCACAAAAUAUUUUAGUGGUCAUGAAAAUGUAUUCAGAUUUAGCAUAUUAAUGAUGCAUUCAUCUGAUAAAUCAUGACAUUUCAUCAACAGGAAAGUAAAUGUAAGUUCAAGUGAAUGCUUUUUAAAAGUAAAAAGUAUCGGUAUCGAUAUCGGCAAUACUGGCCCUGCAUUUACUUGGUGUCGGAUCGAUACCAGGUUUUACAGUAUUGCCCACCACUACUCUGAAUUCGUCUUGGUUCACUUGAUGGAAUGUACACCGAAGCAAACUUGUGGAAA